AUGCCGCUCAAGGUCGAUGCCAUCGUCAAGCAGACCUUUGACACCGUGGGACAGUGCAUCAUGGACACUGUGUCGAUAUGGCGGGACAAAUCCCUGCUCGUGAGGCUCCUGGAGGUCAUCGCGCCCGCCGGCCUGGCUAAACUCUACAUCAAGUUUGCUACCUCGAGCACGUCGAGGGACCGCGCCACAACGGCGACCGCCCCGCUCUUCUUCGAGGACCUGGCCAAGGUCAAGAAUGUGGCGUUGGACCGCGAGAUCGUCGACAAGGCCAUCGACAGCAUCAAGUUUGCCGUAAACUGCCACGACGCCUGUGCGGGCGAUGUAUGGAACUAA